AUGAACUGUCCCGUGAAACGGGAAAAACGAACGGAAGAGCCACCAGCUACGGAGAAAGGCGCGAAUUUUUGGCGGGAAAAUUCGGCACAACACGAGAGACGCGGUCGAGUCUGUCGAGAGCGAGCGCUGAGAAAUGAGCGCACCCCAGCUGCGACUGCGACAGAAUGCACAGCUACCACUUCUGCCACUCUCGGCCAGUGGUCAGGCAGACAAAACGCGCCGCCGCCACCGCAAGCGGGCACAGGCACAUCGAGCCACAGAAUCUAA